CUGUCGGACAACAUGUUUCUGACCAACUAAAACCUUUGAAUUUAAUUGGUUGACUAGUGUACACAACUAGCUAGCAGAGCACAAUAAAGCAGCAGGUUGUAGAGUGUGAGAAGCAAACCUUAAUACUCUGUUUCCAGCUUCUUCUUAAUCUUGUCUUGAGCUUUUGUUUUUUCAGCUUCUUUGAUUUGCUCGAAAGAUCGCAUCAUGGCGAGAAAAUACGAAGGACAUGCAGUGGGAAUAGACCUUGGAACAACAUACUCUUGUGUUGCAGUGUGGCAGGAGCUCCAGAAUAGAGUGGAGAUUAUUCACAAUGACCAAGGAAACAGAAUCACACAUUCUGUUGUUGCUUUUACUGAUCAUCAAAGGUUGAUUGGUGAUGCUGCUAAGGAUCAAGCUGAUACUAACCCAGAAAACACUCUCUUUGAUGUAAAAAGGUUAAUUGGUAGGAAGUUUAACGAUGACGUAGUUCAAAAAGAUAUGAAGUUGUGGCCAUUCAAGGUAAUUGCCGGUGUGAAUGACAAACCCAUGAUUACUAUUAAGUACAAGGGUCAAGAGAAACACUUUUGUGCUGAGGAAAUAUCAUCUAUGAUCCUCACAAAGAUGCGAGAAGUUGCAGAGGCAUAUCUAAGGUCACCCGUCAAGAAUGUUGUUGUUACUGUGCCAGCUUACUUCAAUGAUUCUCAGCGCAAAGCCACCAUAGAUGCUGGUGUCAUUGCUGGCCUUAAUGUCAUCAAAAUAAUCAAUGAACCUACUGCUGCAGCUAUUGCAUAUGGUCUUGGCAAGAGAAGUGAAUCUAAUGGUAAACGAAAUAUUUUUGUUUUUGACCUUGGUGGUGGAACUUUUGAUGUGUCUCUCCUCACGAUUCAAGGUGAUGUUUUUGAAGUAAAAGCCACGGCAGGAAACACUCACUUAGGAGGAGAAGACUUUGAUAACAGAAUGGUGUACUACUUUGUUGAGGAGUUUAAAAAGAAAAAUAAAGUGGACAUUAGUGGGGACCCAAGAGCCUUAAGGAGGUUAAGAACUGCUUGCGAGAGGGCAAAAAGGACUUUGUCUGUUGCUUUUGUCACCACUAUUGAAGUAGCUUGUUUAUUUCAGGGAAUUGACUUCUCUUCAUCAAUCACUCGUGCCAAGUUUGAGGAAAUUAAUAUGGACAUUUUUAAUGAGUGUAUGAAAAUUGUUGAGAGUUGUCUCAGUGAUUCAGUGAUAUACAAGAGUGAUAUUGAUGAUGUUGUUCUUGUGGGUGGCUCUUCUAGGAUUCCCAAAGUGCAGGAUCUAUUGCAAGACUUUUUCAAGGGAAAGGAUUUGUGCAAGAGCAUCAACCCGGAAGAGGCUGUUGCUUAUGGUGCUGCUGUUCAAGCUGCUAUUUUGAGUAAUGGAUUUAAGAAUGUCCCAAACUUGGUGUUGCGCGAUGUUACCCCAUUGUCACUUGGUAUUGGAGUAUAUACGGAAGAAAUCAUGGAUGUGGUGAUUCCUAGGAACACUUUUUUACCUGUCAUGAAGACAAAAGGAUUUGUUACUGCUAUAGAUAACCAUUGCAGUGUCUUGAUUAAGGUUUAUGAGGGUGAGAGAGCUAAAGCUAGUGAUAAUAACUUGCUUGGUUUGUUUAUUCUUUCUUGUCUUCCAGGUGCUCCUCGUGGUCAGCCUUUGGAGGUAUGUUUUGCUAUCGAUGAAAAUGGUGUCCUAACUGUUUCUGCUAAGGAAAUAUCUACAGGCAGUAUGAACAUGAUCACCAUAACCAAUGACAAAGAAAGGUUGUCGACGUUCGAAAUUAAUAAAAUGAUUGAAGAGGCUGAAAGAUACCAUGUGGAAGAUAUGAAACUUCUAAAGAAGACCAAGGUAAUGAAUGAAUUGGACUAUUGUAUUUACAAUUUGAAUAAUGCUUUAGUUAAGAAAGAUGUUUAUCGAAAGCUUUCCCGUCAAGAAAGUGAGAAGAUCAACAAUGCAAUUACUUUGGCCACAAUUGAUAAGAAUAAUAAACAGAAAGAUAUUGAUGUUCUUGAGGGUCAUCUCAAGGAGCUGGAGAGGAUGUUGAAACACCUUAUAGUCAAGUGAUGUCUUGCUUAAUGUAAUCAUUUAAAUUGAUUAUGUGCAAUAGUAUUCAAGUUUAUGGGAAAAAAACAAAAAUGUUUGCAUUUAAAAUGUUGUUGUGAAAAUACUAUUUUGCUACA